AGUGUAUCACAAGCCGACCAAAGCUGAAAAAUUCAAUAAAAUUGAAACAAGAGUUGCAUGGCUGCGCAUGGGUAAUUUGAAACCAAGUUCACAGCAUAUUUUGUACGUUGAAGCUGUGGGAGAAAAGGCAACAUCAAUGCCAUCAGAAACUCUUGUGGCCUGGACGGAUCCAGCCUUACCAGCCUUUGUGGAUCCUCCUACGGUACAUCCCGCUGACAAUAUACCCGAAGGUGGUUCCAUGACCAUACUUUGUCUGGCCUUGGGAAAUCCUGCCCCCACUAUUUCAUUAUAUGUUGGUGGACAUUUAGUGCGCCAGGAUGCCUCAAGACAUAUGGUGACGGUUAUACACAAUGUGACCGCAGAUAUGGAGCAUGUGUCAUGUUAUGCCGAUAAUGGUUAUGGUGUGCCAAUGCAGGCCACAAGGAAGGUUAAUAUAUGCUAUCCCCCCAAAAUCCAAGCCGCCGGCAUAACAGUGGCCUCGGUGGGCAAUGAAGUGGAACUGCGUUGUCUAGUCGAUUCGAAACCCAAACCAAAAACCAUUUUCUGGCGUGAACAUGAUGGCCGUAUACCGGUCAUUGAGGGUGGCAAUUAUCACAUUAUGGAACGUAUCAAUGAAUCACAUCCGAAUUUAUAUACCAUGGUGUUGCGCAUUCACAAACUACAAGCAAGUGAUGUUGGCGACUAUUUCUGUCAUGCUGAAAAUCCAUAUGGUUCAAAGACCAUACCGGUAUCGGUACGUAUGCGCACCACCCCCGCCCUCAAUCAUAAUGUUACGGAAUGUUGUGCCCAACUGAAUGUUUCGAUGACUUGCCGCAGUGCCUGCAGCUAUUAUGUUGAUAUUGAUGCUAUAGCUGAUAAACCUGAAUGUAUUGUUGAAUUUGAUAAAAUGAUGCGUUGUGCCGCUGAUGGUUCAGAUCAUCGUAGUUGUUGUGCUGAUUCAAAUGUACCACGUAAAUGUCUGAAUUGGUGUCGCGGAGAGCCGGUGCGUUCCAAAGAGAUUUGUAGUUUGCAGUAUGCAAGAACUAUUGUGGGAUGUUUUGAAUCGAAUCGGGAUCGUCUACCAGGACCACCGGAAAAUAUUGCCGUUAGUGUGAUAUCGGAUAGUGAGGUGGUUAUAAAAUGGGAUCCACCAACCAAAAAUCCCAAUGCUGUUGAUGGCUAUCGUAUUUUCUACCAUGAAGCGGCCAUAAUUGGUAACGAUGUGACAUCUAGCGAAACAAUAAAUGGCGGUGCUGGUGUGAGACGCAUUGACGUCAAGGAAACCAGUGUGAAUAUAGAUGGUCUCAAAAAGGAUGUCUUAUACGAGUUGGUUGUGAAAGCUGGCAAUACCUAUGGUGCCAGUGUUUUAACGGAACCGAUAAAAUUCACACUUGGCGAGCAUCAUGUUACCUCCGCCACAACAUCAUACUCGAAUGCUGUGGGCACGAUAAGCGGCAUCGUUGCCAGCAUUUUGGCGGUGCUGUUAGCAGCCGCCGCCAUUAUUUUCUACAGACGACAUCGAGCAAAUGGUAAGGCAGCCACUGGAGUGGCAUUUGAGAAUCCAACAUACACUCGAGGUUUAGAACAAGUACAG